AUGCGCUUCCUAUCUUUCGCCGCUGUUGGACUCUCCUCCCUCCUCCAUCUUGCAGCGUCGCAAGAUCUUUCUAGUCUCCCAGCAUGUGCUGUGACCUGCGCCGUCAACGCCAUCUCUAGCACCGGGUGUGCAGCUACCGAUGCUGCCUGUGUGUGCCAGGCAAGCAGUUUCCUCACUGGAGUGUAUACGUGCAUUUCUGCUUCUUGCAGUGCAGAUGAUAUAGCUGCAACUCUACAAUUUGCCCAACAAUACUGUGGAUCCGCGGGCAUCAGCAUUACCCUUCCCACGGCCUCUGCCACUGCGGCGCCGACUUCCACUCCGAGCUCAGCAGCCAGUAGCCCGGCGACAGCACCCGCCUCCGUGACCAGCAGCUCUGUGCCAGCGAGCGGCGCCCCCGCUGCAACCUUUACUGGUGGAGCGCAGAUCUUGAAGCAACAGUGGGCAGGCGUUGCUGGGAUGAUUGGACUGGGUGUUGCCGCCGUGCUGUGA